AAGAUAAGCGACCUUACCAUUCAUGAUGUUGGACAGUUGCAUCAACAACAGCAGUUAAUUUGUAGAAGAACUGGUGUGAUAUUAUCACCCGAGGAUUAUUUCGUGCUACAGGAGGUAACCAGGAGGUUGGAGAAGCUGUGAAUUGUUAUUUGUUAUCUUCACUGCUAAACUGAAUAUUUGAAAAUGAUUAAAAGAAAUGUUGCUAUCAAGGAUCAGCUAGACUCGAAUCAAGUUAUGUCCCUAUAAUACACUUAUCAUGGAUGGUUAUAAGUAUGUCCACUGAACGUGUAAAGGACAAAUUUAGAAGGGGUAUGAAGUGAUGUUCAUUGAGAUUUAUAUAAUGAAGUAUACACAAGAUGAUUUUAUAAGGGAUGGUGUGAAAAUGGAGUGGAAUCCGUAGAAGGAAAGUGCUGCUACUUGAUAGAAAACAGCCCAAGUCAAAUCUUCAUCAUUGAUUGGUACGGGUGCAGCAGUUUUAACAACACCAUCAGGGAUCGAGAUGAGGAAGACAAGUUUACACGAGGCUUUCAGUAGGGAAGAGUACUUGCCUGGAGAAAGGUCUGUACGGAGACACACUGUCAGUGUCCCCAGCCGUAUUGAUGGUGGUGCAGGUGAUUUUGUCAGUGUUUCCAUGGGGAGGCCACGGCCUCUGCCCUUCCCACCGUACACCAUGCAAGGGUUGGGGAUGGAGUUCGGUGGCCUUGGGGCCCACCACGGUACUCCAUCAACAGUGAAAGUGGAUUUUCUCAUGCCUAACAGCAUCAUCAUUCAACAUAAUGUCAGCACUAGUGCUUCCCUUGAGGAAAUUAAAGAGGAACUAUGGGAGCGUGCCAGCGAGUAUCCUCUCUUUGGGACACUCCAUGAGCUUUCGUCGUACCACUUUGCGUGUAUCAGUCAGCGAGCUGAAACGGUAGAGUUGAUGGAUGAAACCAAGUGUUUGCAAGAGAUCAAUCCCUUUAUGUGUAUUUUAAAAGUGGUUGAAAGGAAGGGCAAUGAAACUGAAAAAUUACUAAAUCUCCAAAUUGGCCAGUUAAUUGGUAAAGAGCUCCAGAAAUUUGAUGCACUUAAAAAUCCCGAGGUGAAUGAAUUUCGGUGGAAGAUGAAGGCAGUGUGUGACGAAGUUGUAUCUGCAAGAAAUAAAUUAACCUGGUCUGAACAAGUGCAGUAUCAGUAUCCAGCACGUAUUGCUACAAACACCGAUCUGCCUAGAUACAUCACGGACAGAUUACACGAUGAGCAACUUUUGUUGUCAGUCCAGUUUGAUACAUCUAUGGAGGUUCAGCCGACAUUUACUUUUCGAGUUCAGCCUGAUAUUAGAACAAGAGAGUUUUUGAAUAUGGGCCUUGCAAAAUUAGCAAUUACUUUUGUAAUGGAUGAACCUCCGGAAAAUUAUGUAUUAAAGACGCCAGGCAGAGAAGAAUAUUUAAUUGCCGAUGUGCCGCUCUCCCAAUAUAUGUAUAUUCGCGAACAUGUGUGCCAAGAUGAGUUCUCAUCAAUACCUCUAGUCAUUGUUCAUCGAGGAACUAUUCAAGUUGAUAUUGAAAAUAUAUAUGAAAGAAUUGAAGAUUUUGGAGUGAAGCAUUUACGGAGCUCUUUCUCAGGGAUGACACUAAGUAAAAAGAAAAAUGUAAAGUUUGUCUCAUCUUGGACAGUUGAAGAUGAAUUUAACUUUCGAAUUGGAAACAUCUCAAAUGUGAACCUUUUCACUGAUGACCAGGUUGUGGUGGUGAUUGAAGGUGGCCUUUAUCAUGGUAGUCGGGCACUUUGUGAGACAAAAACCACACAAGAAAUUAACAUAAGUGAUGGGACAGGUAUCGUGGAUGAAGAUCUUACCUUCGCCAUAGCUGUGUGCAACAUUCCUAGGAACACGCGUCUCUGUCUAGCCAUCUAUGAAGCGAGCCGUAGUGCUAAAGCAACUAAAGCAAGAUCUUCAAUUGGCACUAAACAAGAAUUGUACAAGAACCCUCUGGCUUGGGUGAACACAGCUGUUUUUGACUACAGGAAUCAAUUAAAGACAGGAGCAAUGUCUUUGUAUGCUUGGAAGAUUUGUGAGGAUCAAACAGGAGACGUUAUGCCCAACCCACUGGGUACUUUGGUCAGCAACCCUAAUCAUGAUCAAGCAGUCACCCUUACCAUCACUUUCCCACGUUUCAAUUCUGCCUCAAAUAUUAUGUUCCCAUCUAAGGAUAAGAUUAUCUCGACUGCUAAGGAAAACCCACAGUGUGAUGAGGGCACUCCAACCCCAAGUGCAAUGGAGGAGAUUCGUCAGAUAGCAGAUCGAGACCCUCUGACAGAGCUUCAUGAGCAGGAACGCAAAUUGUUGUGGUCUUUAAGAAAUGUCUGCCUUAAAGAACUCCCUCACCUUCUCCCAAAAUUGUUGCAGUGCGUAGAGUGGGAUAAUAAAUCUGAAGUAGCAGAAAUGAUAUCACUAUUGGAAGUGUGGCCCAAGUUAUCUCCAGAUCGAGCCCUGGAACUUCUAGAUUAUGCAUAUGCUGAACCAGCUGUCAGGAGUUAUGCCAUAGAGUGCCUAGUCCGUAUCAGUGAUGAUGACCUGCUGUUAUACUUGCUCCAGUUGGUUCAGGCCCUUAAGCACGAAAAUUAUCUCUACUGUCACCUGGUCGAGUUUCUUCUCAACCGUGCCCUCAGGAAUAUGAGAAUUGGCCAUUUCUUCUUUUGGCAUCUCAGGUCAGAAAUGCAUGUGCCCUCUGUUUCAAUUCGUUUUGGGCUUAUCUUGGAAGCCUAUUGCCGCGGAUCUGUAGAGCACAUGAAGAUUCUUCUUCGACAGUUGGAUGCUCUCGGCAAAUUCAAAGAGGUGAGAGACAUAGUGAAUGAUAAUCGUGCUGUGAGAGAUAGAGCCGAGAAGCUCAUGAAGGACUUCAUGAAAAAACCACAUGCCAGAGCAGCCUUGUCUCAUUUUCUCAACCCAAUUGAUCCUAUGUAUAGGAUUAGCACCAUUAAGUCAGAUGAAUGUAAACACAAGGACAGUAAAAUGGCACCCUUGUGGCUUGUGUUCGAAAAUGGAGAUUCUUAUGGCAAAAACAUAUAUCUUCUUUACAAAUAUGGGGACGAUCUGCGACAGGACAUGCUCACUCUGCAGAUGAUCCGGGUUAUGGAUAAAAUUUGGAAGGAUAAUGGAAUGGACCUUAGAAUGAAUCCCUAUGGAUGUAUGUCGACUGACAAUCGAGAAGGCAUCAUUCAAGUUGUAUUGAAUGCUGAAACUAUUGCCAACAUUCAAAGACAGAAAGGCAUGUUCUCGGCAACUUGUGCAUUUAGAAAAGGAUCUCUCUUAGCCUGGUUGAAGGAUCACAACCCUACUGAUGCUUUGCUUAACAAAGCAAUUCAUGAAUUUACACUCUCUUGUGCUGGAUACUGUGUUGCUACUUAUGUAUUGGGUAUUGCUGACCGUCACUCGGACAAUAUCAUGGUAAUGAAGAGCGGGCAACUCUUCCAUAUUGAUUUCGGACAUAUCCUUGGUCACUUCAAGGAGAAAUUUGGCAUCAGGCGAGAACGUCAACCAUUUGUUCUUACGCAUGACUUUAUCAACGUCAUUACCAAAGGAAGACAGACGCGCUCUGAAGAAUUUGAACAGUUUAAAGGCUAUUGUGAGAAGGCAUUUUUAAUUCUGCGGAAAUAUGGCUCCUUCAUUAUCUCUCUCUUUGCAAUGAUGAUAUCUACAGGACUCCCAGAACUUCAGAGUGAAAAGGAUCUCAAUUAUUUAAAGGAAACUUUGAAACUGGACUUGUCGGAUGAUGAAGCUCGGGAUCACUUCCGCUCCAAGUUUGACGAGGCGUUGUCCAAUGCUUGGAAAACCUCUAUAAAUUGGGCAUUCCAUUCAGUGGCAAAAAAUAAUCGUUGAACAUGGCGUAUGUCUAGUUCUUUAUUUGUUAAUUAUAUUUGUUUACAAAUUUUACUUAUUAGCUUGUUGAACUUAUCCAGCGAAUAAAAAAAUUGCUCUAUUUUAAGGAGUGGACUAUUAUUGUUAAUAAAAUUGUGGUGGAAACAUAUUUUCAUAGUAGAUUCAGUACAUGGCUGGAAUAUCCAUAACUAUCAUAAGCAUAAAUGUAAAAUUUGUUAUUGAUCAAAUUUCAUUGUUGUAUGUAAAAAAAUCGGCAUUGAAUGUACUGAAAUGCCUCUUCUUUUUUCCGACUGAGCUCCGCUGAAGCUCUCUCACUGAAAUGGUUCCCCACUAUUGGUUCACAUCAGUUGUAGGAGUCUUGUUUGGCCUCCUGGAGACCAGAAUCAAAACCUGGCCUCCAGGAGGCCAGUGAAGGACAGUGACACGGGAGCACACUACAGGUUGGACCAACCAUAUCAGUGACAAAACUGACAAUUAGAGCAAGCUGUGGGCCAAGGCUCUGGGGAAUCUGGUGGCAGCUAUUGGUACUAAUGGGUUCAAGCUAGUUUUGAGUGAACCACCUGUUUAGUCUGGUUCAUUUCUGGAGUUGCUUAGCCAUUUCAAUACUUCAUUUUCUAUGAACCUUGCAGUUGUAUAUAACGCUCCUCUGACUUUCUGAAUGCUUUCCCAACGAGGGUGACGAUAAUACUGUAAUCCCCUGCACCUUUGUGAUAGGGCCAGGUUCUGGCUUUAGUUUCCAGUCAGCUAAACAGGGCUCCUGCAACUGAUGUGACGUAAUAGUGGUGAGCUAACUCAGUGAGACAGCUUUAGGGAGCAACCGAGGGGCUCUUCCCAGAAAGGUACAUAAAAUAUGUUAUUGAUGCAGCUGUAGUUGACCGUCUGUUGAUAGGUCAAUCUACUUGGAUUCAUCAGUACAGCAGAGGCCUCGCUUCUUGCAGGUCAGUGUUCGAUCCAUGAUGGUUCAGAGUUGUUGAACACCAUUCCUUCCCAUGUCAUCUAUUUGUUCCCAUAUCCCUUCCAAGUGCUAUAUAGCCAUAAGGGCUUAACAUUUUCCCCUCAUCAUUACUUAACCUUAUCUGUUGGUAAAUUAAAUUUUGUGGAAUGUAUAAAAAUUGCAUGGUGUAUCAUUAUAAUCAAGUGUAAAAAAUGGUAAUGAGAAUUGGAUUUGUGUAAAGAUCCAAAAUGUUUUUGGAUCCAGUUUUUAAAUCUGGAAAUUUUUUGGCAUAUUGUCACUUAAAGAAAUAUAUUUUCAAAUGAUUUAUAUGUUAUAGAGUCUGCAGACAUUUAUUAAAUGUUAUGAAUCUAAACUAAGAUAGUAGAAUUAAAUAGCUCAUUUUAUGUACAAAGUUUCUCAUCAUAUUUUAUUCUCAUUAUUAGCUUUCAAACUAUGUAGUUCAAUAUCACUUUAGAAAUUUGUUCAUAAUGUUUUGUCAUUUGCUUCCUGUGUAGAAAAACAAUACUCUUAUCAAUGCAGUUUGUUUUAACUGACAAUUCUUGUUCUUUGCAGUAGGAAAGUAUGCUUAUAUCAUUGUCGUCAUUUGUCCACAUGUAAAUAGGUAUUGUACAAGUCACCGCCAUCACCUUUUACCUUUUGAGUUAAUCAUUCUGUUGUAACUAGAUUCAUGAGCACAUUCAUAUGCUGCCUGAGAGUGUGGUUGGGCCUCAUUUAAACACAAAACCCAUUUAUGAUUCACAAUUUUAUUUAAAUUAAGCAAUGUCAGUCAGUUUAUUGAACUUUACGAAUAAUUAUUUGUAUAUUCCCAGGUACAAUGUUUUUUGUGUCAUAGUGUUUGGUGGUGUUGUUAUAAGAUGAAUGUAGUUCAGUAUUUGUGAUGUUUGUUCCAGCUCAUCAUGUUGCCAUUUUACUAAUUGUAGCCAUUACGUUGCCUGUAGAAGCCUGUAGAAGAAUUAUUCUGUAAAGAUCCUCUGGAAAAAUGUGUCGGGGAGUUGUUGGGUCCCUGGUGUAAUUUAUUCUGGUAAAUUAUGUUUGUACUCUUAAAAUUACAUACAAAUUUGUUAUAUUUUUGUUGCUACCUAGGUCAAAUUUACACUUGAUUACAGUAUAUAGCAACAGGAGAUUGCCAUGUAGCUUCAUUUGGUAUAUUUUCAAUUCAUAUGUAUAUUGUGUUAUGUAUUGCUGGUGUAUGUCUAGUUCUUUGUGAAGUUUAAGUUUGGAUUUCUGUUCAACUUAACAUACAGUACACGAUUACUAGAUUUAAUUUCUUAUGGUAAUUUGGCUGUGCUCAUCUCACAUUGUAUACAGUUUUCACAUUUCUCAUUCUCACUAAUUCAUGGAAAAGAAUGAAAUUGCCCAAAACUAAACCACAGAUUUAUAGAAAAGCUUAUAAAAAUAUUAUUUUUAUCCAAUUUGGUGUGAGUAUUUGUAAUUGAUCAGGUCUUUAGUUGUUUAAGGAACAUUACUUUUCAACAAGCCAAAUGGGGGUCAAGAAGUUGAUAAAGUUAAAUUGUUGUCAGAGAUGUAUAUUAGCAGUUUUCUUUGACAAAAUGCACUUUAUAGUUGCAUGCAUUAAGGGUAUGUUACAGAAACAUCUUGUUUAAAUGUUUAUCCUAAAAUAAAGAUCAUUCAGCUAGAGUUUUGUCCAUUUUCUGAGGUACUUAGCAUAGUAGUUUAAGUAAAUAAAAUUUGUAUUACUUGGACGAUAGAAGUGUGUGGUUAAUAUUGCUUGCCUCACCAUACAAUUUACUUGUCAUUAACUUUCGGUGAAACGUACUUGGCAUCAUUCCUCUGCUAACUACCAGUGCACACUCAUUUCCUUAUAAAUUUUUGUCCUCUUUGCAUUAGACAUCUCCACACAUUGAACCAAGAUUUGGCUAGAUAUGUUGAACAUUUAUCAUAUGUUAAUUAUUCACAUUUUUAAUUAGUAAAAAUUUUGUUGUCUUAUUUGGAAAAAGAUAUUAAAUGAUAACACAAUUGAGUCUUUAAAUGUAUGUAUGUUUUUUUGUUGGUUCCAAUAUACUGUAUUUUGUUUGUCUCUAAACUCAACAAGCUUUACAGAGCACAUCAGUGUUAUGUUGAAAGGUUCUAUAAACAGAAUCAUUCAAAAUUUGAUGUAGCUCAAAGGUUAUAUAAAGCUGAUUCAGAGUAUUUCGUAAUUUGUUGCAAGAAUUAGAACGGUGCUGUUUUGUGGUCUUCCUUUUGUACUAGAAUUGUACUACAGGUUUGCAUUUGCUUCAAAUCCACAUACAUACAAAUGUUUAAUAUUCUGUAAUUAUGUAAAAAUGUUAGAUAUUCCAGCCCUGUACCAUGGCAACAACUUAUCAUACACAGUUAAAGGGAGUGAAUCUGAACCACUUUAUUGUGACAAAUGUGGUGCUAGUCACUUGGGCUCUCUUGGUUUGUAAUCAAGUCAGCCUUCCACAAUUAUUUUGUAUAAAAGCCAGACAUUGGUGUCUAUUGUGAUAGCUCUAUUUACGAGGUGUUGCAAUAUUAGUACUCUACUGGAACAUUAAUAAUGUAUGCGACUGCUACUAGGUGAACAACUGGUAUCUUAUUUCAAUUAGUUGUUAUUAUGACUAAAGGAAUUGUAGGGCAAUCUCUUGGGGUUUUCAAACCAUGUUCAUGCCUUGCCGAUAAAUUAAGACUGCUUCAUGCAGUCCGUCAAAGAAAUUGCUGAAAUAAU